GAUUUUUUAACUCUUUUUUAGGCAGCAUGAGGCAGACGUAAUUUUAUGGAGUUUCUUUUUAGAAACAUAUAUGCACAUAGAUACUUUUUUGAAAGAAGAAAAGUUAAUCUUGAUUUAUAUAUGACAUUUAUGUAUGGUUACUUAGCAUUUUUAUGGAUUAUUUUGCUCGUGAAAAUAUGGUUGAUGUUCUCACAUGAAUAUUUAGUAGUGGAAGUAUUGAUCCCCCUUUUUUUAUUAUUUAGAUAAUUUUCUACAUGCACUUUCUAUGCACAUGCCAAAUUUCAACUAAAAAUAAAGCUCCGCAGAUAGUUUAAUUAGUGUUAUACUAAGUUUACUACUAAUUUUAGGUAGUCCUAGCCAAACAUUUUUUUGUGGUGAUUCUUAUCAGAAACAUAUACAAACCUAUAUUAUUUUUAAAAGACAAAAGGUUAAGCUUGAUAUUUUAUGACUAAUAUGUUUGGUUAGUAUAAUUUUUUAUGGAUUAUUUUGCCAAAAACUUUGCAUAAAAAUUUGGUUGAUGUUCUCACAUGAAUUUUUAGUCGAAGAAAUGUUGAUCCCCCUUUUUUUAUGAUUCAGAUAAUUUUCUACAUGUAUUUUCUAUGCACAUGCCAAAUUUCAACUAAAAAUAAAGCUCCGCAGAUAGUUUAAUUAGUGUAGAACAUUUGGUACCUAAUUUUGGUUUUUCUGAUGUUUUUUUUGUUAAGCGAAAUACGGGGGCGGAUAGGGGGGCCGACUUUACAAAAAAAAAAAAAAUUAAUCCUUAUUUUGUAUUAUUUUGAUUUUUAUUAUUAGAUUAAAAUAAAGCAUGAACUCUGAGGACAAAACUCUACUUGCAUCCCUAACAGAUCCUGCUGCUCAUUAUGAAGCCUUUUUGAGAUAUCUUCGAUCUACCCAGCCUACCACUUCAACAUCUUCAUCCGCAAUGAGUGUUCUUGUUCCAUCCUCAACUGCAUUGAGUGUUCCAUCUACAUCUGCUAUAAUUGUUACAUCUUCAGCUGCUACAAAUGUCCCACGACCUCCACAACAAGAUGUGCAACCUUCUGCUGACUUAACAUAUGGUGCCUAUAGGAGAUAUAGGGACCAGCACCCUGGACCGAUUAGCAAUCGAUCAUAUUUGCGAUGGGUCCGGUUAGGAGGGAAUGAUGGUGAAUCAUUCAGCUGCGCCUAUCAUCCUCCUAACAGGGGUGCUGGGAGCUACAGCAGAAGAGGAAGCCAUGGUGGAGGUCGUGGGCGAAGAAGGAAUGGUGGCGGCCUCACCGUGAAUGGUGGCAUACACUAUUACUAGGCGCCACCAUUUCUGUUUUUUUAAAAAAUAAAUAUAUAACAUCAA